AUGGCUGGAUAUGCUCGUUUUCCAAGACCAUUGAUGACGGAUCGUGUUGGGCCAAGAUUUAAUACAGCUCAGCAAGUAUAUCCUCAACGUAAUGGUCAACGAAAUUUUCCUGAAGAUCGUCGAAUGGAUAAUCGACCUGUUUUAACCAAUUCUUCUGUUGGUACACCUGUUAGUUCAACACCUACUUCUCAACCAUCAACACCGACGCAACAAACAUCAAAUAGUAAAAAUCAGUCAACACCACAUGUUAAUCCAACCGAUGUAUCAACAAAAAUAACAACACCUCCAAAAGCAAAUACAACUCUCACAGCCACUGCAAAACCCGAUGUUGUACCUCCAGCAUCGUCGACUUCGAUAACGUUAGAUUCUCAAACUCCGACAAAUUCAACUAAUGAUGAAUUAAAAUCUAAUACAGCAACAACAAACUCCGAACCACAAACUCCCGUGGGAACCAACCAAAAUGCGACUUCUCAAAUACAACAACCGCCAGUGAUGCAUCAUAUUCAUCAACAACAUACACCACUGCCACAGCAACAACAACGAGGCCCAAAACGUCCAAGACCACCAAAUGAAUAUCAACAAACUUCAACUUAUAAUCAAGGUGGUAGUGCAGUGAUAGGAUCUUCUUCAUUUGAACAAGAUGAUAAUAAAACUACAUCUAAUUCUUCUGCACAACAAGUUGGUGAUAAAAAAGCGGUAACAGGUGGUCGCUGUCGACUAUUUAUUGGCAAUGUACCGUCAGAUUUAACACAAAAUGAAUUUCAAGUUUUAUUUGGAAAAUAUGGGGAAUUAGUUGAAUAUUUUGUUAAUCCAUCAAGAGGUUUUGGUUUCAUUAAAUUGAGUUCACGUUCAAUAGCUGAACAAGCUAAACUUGAUUUAGAUGGUUAUAUAUUACGUGGUAAACCAUUGCGUAUUCGUUUUGCCAGUCAAGGUGCCACUGUUAAAGUUAAAAAUUUUUCAAUGUCCGUUUCAAAUGAAUUAUUAAAAGAAGCAUUUGAAAUAUUUGGUCCUGUUGAACGUGCUGUGGUCAUUGUUGAUGAUCGUGGAAAAUCAACAGGCGAAGGAAUUAUUGAAUUUGAAAAAAAACCAUCAGCACAAAAAUGUUUAAAUGAUUGUACUGAACAUUGUUUUUUUUUAACAAGCGAAUUGAAACCAGUUAUUGUUGAACCAUGGGAUACAAAAGAUGAAGAAGAUGGAUUACCCGAAAAAUCAUUGAUUAAAAAUGCAUUGUACAUGAAAGAGCGUGAAUUAAAACCACGUUUUGCCGAUAUAAAUUCAAUAGAGAGUACAAUCGGUUUAAAAUGGAAAGAAUUAGAAUUACAAGAAAAACAAUUGUAUGAAGAAGUUAAAAAACGAAUGCAAUAUGCUACCGAACAGGUACAAAUUGAAAUUGAUCAAAUGUUAUUAGAACAUCAAUCACAAUUAUUAAGAGAAGGU